GAGAGAGACAUGUGACCCAGUGAAACCUGAGGCACGCAAGCAACCCGCAGUGAAACCUCAGGCACGCAAGGGACAAUACUCUGAGCCUCGUCCCUGUCUGGACGCUCCCAAGGUGGAGCUUGUCCAGACGUGACGGACGGGACGUGAUCAACAACACCACCACCUCUGUCUUCACGACUACACCACGACGACACGACUGCGACGGCCACGGCGACAACGACCACACCCACCACCGCCAGCCACCUCCUCCACCACCGCCCACCAUGGCAAUCCGCCUCAACCUCCCCCCCAUCACGCGCGGCCUCCUCCUCCUCCUGCUCUUCCAAUCCCUCCUCUCAGCCGCCGUGCACUUCCAGCGCCCAACCGAGGGCCUAGUGAUCCCAUACCUGACGCUCAUCCCGUCGAUGUCGCUCAUCUACCCCUGGACCUUCGUGACCUCCACCUUUGUCGAGACCAACAUCUUCUCGCUCGCCAUCUCGGGGCUGACGAUCUGGCAUGGAGGCCGCUACCUCGAGCGCGCGUGGACGUCGAGGGAGUUUGCAAAGUUUGUUGCGAUGGUAGCGUUGGUUCCUAAUGUUUAUACAUUCUUCACGCUGGUUGUCAUGUACGCCAUUACCGGUGACGUGACAUGGUCCCUCACCCCCAUCUCCGGCACCACCGCCCUCCAAACCGCCCUCCUAACCGGGCUCUCCCAACUCCUCCCCACCCACACCAUAACCCUCUUCCGCGGGCUCCUCUCCCUCCGCCUCCCCCGCCUCCCCCUCCUGCACCUCCUCCUCGUCACCCUCCUCGCCCUCCUCCCCAUCUACACCAUCUCCGCCCCCCUCCUCUCCCUCUCCGGUUUCCUCACCGCCUGGGCACACCUCCGCUUCUUGCGCCUCCCCUUGCCUGAUCUCGAUUCGCCGGGGCCGCUGAGGGGUGAUGCAUCGGAUGCGUUUGCGUUGGCGCAGUUUUUCCCUGAGCCCGCGAGACCAUCUGUUGAGGCGGCGGGGGAUGUGUUGGCGAAAUUGGGGCUGGCGCCGAAGACACCGGUGGUUGUGGCGAAUCCUAGUCAGGGAGGUGGAGGAGGAGGGGGAGGAGGUGGGCAGAGGCAGGGCGGGAGAGCGGAGAAUGAGAGGAGGAGAGCACUAGCGCUCAAGGAGCUGGAUUUGAGGUUACAGGCUGCGACGGCGGCGAGGGCGGGGAAGGGGGGGGAGGCGAGCGAGGUUAAGCAGCCGGAGGUGGGGGAGGUUAUGAAGGCGCCUGAGGGGGGGGAGCAGGCGUAG